AGGCCCACAAAUAUAUCGUAAGAAAAGAAGUAACCUGAAUAUGUAUUUACUGAAAUAUAUUUUAAACGUCUGGAUGACAGAUGUUUGACAAAUCAUUAUUUAAAAUCAGUGAAAAGGGAAAUGAUAUUGAAUAAUGGAUUCUUUAUACAAUCAAACCAACAAAUUAAUUCAACAGACUCAGGCCAGUUUUCAAUUGCUAGAAGGUAACGUUAAAAAUGCCAUAGAAAUAGAAACUGAUAUACAACAAAAUCUUGAUGUUAUAAAUAGUAAUUGUAGUAAAUUGGAUUUAUAUGUGUUAAAACUACCUUUUGACCAACGACAAAAUGUUAAAAUGAGAUGUGAUCAAUUAAAAUAUGAUAGCAAGCAUUUACAAGCUGGUCUAUUAGCAGCCCAACAAAAAAGAGCUCGAAGAGAGGCAGCUGCUAGUGAAAGAGAACAAUUAUUAAAUAGAAGGUUUGCACCCAAUCCAGAAGUAACUGCCAUCAAUAUAGAUUAUGCAGUACAGCAUCAAAAUUCUUUACAAAAUUCUCAUCGAGGGAUAGAUGAAAUGAUUUACACUGGAAGUAAUACAUUAGAAAUGUUAAGAUCACAGAGAGUUACAUUGAAAGGAGCUCAAAGAAAAAUAAUGGAUAUGGCAAAUACUCUGGGUCUUAGUAAUCAUACAAUGAGAUUGAUAGAAAAAAGAGUAAGGGAAGAUAAAGUGAUACUGAUUUUGGGAAUCGUUAUUACUUUAUCUGUAAUUAUUUUAGUCAUUAUUUAUUUUACCUGAUCAUAAAAAUAUAAUUCAAUUCCACUAUUU